AUGGGGCGAAAGAUGACACUUCACAAGUUGGUGAUCCUGGGUGAUGGUGGUGUAGGGAAAACGGCUAUGGUAUCCCUCGAACAAUUUAUCGAAACGUACGACCCGACAAUCGAAGACUCUUACAUGAAGCGAGUCGUCAUUGACAACCAACCAUGUCUACUCGAUAUACUCGAUACCGCCGGCCAAGAAGAAUACACAGCACUACGCGAGCAAUGGAUCCGGGAUGGCGAAGGCUUUGUCCUUGUGUACAGCAUCAAUUCUAGAUCAAGUUUCAUCCGAAUAAAGAAAUUCCACCAACAAAUCCUGAGAGUUAAAGAGUCUGCGCAUUCGGUACCAGCAUAUCCUAACUCUCAUCCCAUUAAACCCCCCAAUGCAGCAGAAGUGCCAAUUGUGUUGGUGGGAAAUAAGGCUGAUCGCGUCACGGAGAGGGAGGUUGCAACUAAGGAGGGUGUCCAGCUCGCUCACGAACUAGGUGUCCAGUUUAUGGAAGCCUCGGCGAAGGAUUGCUAUAAUGUUGAGAAGGCCUUUUACGACGUGGUGCGCCUUCUGAGGCACCAACAACAACAUGAGAAGGCGCAGAGCCCUGAUGCCAGGCCAUUGUCCGGCGAGGCCGCGUAUCAGAUUAUUAGGACUUUCUGGGGAUCACGAAGGAUAAUUAUCCCACCAUUAGAAACGUCGACAGAGUCGGGUCGAAGCAGGCUUACGGCAGCUUUCAUUUCUGCCACUAAAUCCAAUGAUGAGAGACUUGUUCUAGCAUAUCUUGAAGCUGGCGUAGAUGUGAAUACGCACUCCGGAACGGACGGCAGCGCGCUCCAUGCAGCAGCUGCCACUGGCCACGCCAAUAUCGUGAAUAUCCUCCUAAAAAAGGGGGCGGCGGUCAAUGCACGCGGACCAACAGGAGCCCCCCCACUACAACUGGCUGCAGCCGAGGGGCAUCUUGCUAUUGUGCGACUCUUGGUCCACAAGGGUGCGAUGGUCAACCAGACAGGAUCCUUGCACGGAACAGCUCUAAGCGCAGCGGCAUCUCGAGGACGGGCAGACGUUGUACGAUUCCUUCUCAAGAACGGCGCCAACGUUGGCCUUGCUGGUGGUCCUUACGGGAAUUCACUUCAAGCCGCAUCAUGGAACGGGAAUCCGCUGGUAAUUAGACACCUUCUUAACGCGGGGGCCGAUAUUAGAGCCAGAGGUGAUGGCGACUGCACUGCGCUCCAAAUAGCCGCAUUCGUGGGUAAUAGCAAUGCCAUUCAAGUGCUCCUGGAGCGCGGGGCAAAGGUUGACAUUGACGCUCCGGGAGGGAAAUACGGAAGUGCUUUGAAAGCUGCGACUGAGGGUAACCAUUACAGAGCAGUGAAUCUACUCUUAGAGGCUGGGGCUACUCCUUUACAGCUUCCUACUUACGACAUGGGGGAUGAUGAGAAGGAAAGUAGGAAAAGCGACGAUGGAUACUCAAAAGAAGGAGAGAGUGCUAUACAAGGAGAGAGUGCUACGAGCAUCGCUUCACCGGAUGCCACUACGCCGUCGGUAGUGUUCCUGCCUAACUUCUCACCCGUGUCCAAUGAACUGAGUCGGUUAUCGGGAUAUUCUACAACAUCAAGUUCUCCAGCAAUUUCGAGCCCUACGGAUAGUACCCCUCCAUCUUCUCCGCUUGCUAACCGCAGGUUCUCGUUACUUCGGAAUGCUUUUAACAACAGCAGUCUUAAUGAUCGCCCGGUAAUCAAUCCUCUUGGUUUCUCAACAAUACACGACUCUCCCAAGGCUGCUGUCGACAUCGUGUUCAUCCACGGACUACAAGGCCACCCCGAGAAGACCUGGACGUAUGUAAGAAACCCUCCCAAGCGGAAAAUAAGCCUGCGGCAGAAGUUGUACCGCUCGCUAUCCGCCUCGGUGGUUGAGAAGCCUUCGAGCGUGUACUGGCCCCGGGACUUGCUCGCGCAAAACGAGGAUUUCGCCGAUACGAGAAUUAUGACUUGGGGAUACGACACGUUCGUGGUGAAGGAGUUCUUCGGGGCCGGUGACCAGCAGAACAUCUCGCAGCAUGGCCACAAUUUCAUGGUCCACUUGCAGCAGGAAAGGAAAUCAAAUCCACACAGACCGUUGAUCUUUAUCGCGCAUAGCCUUGGCGGCAUUGUCCUCAAAGUAGCCCUCGACAACUCCAAGCGAUCGACCCACCAGCCCCAGUACCUCAGCAUCUACACCUCGACCAAGGGCAUCAUCUUCCUCGGGACGCCCCACGGCGGAUCGAUAGGCGCCGACUGGGGCCUCCUCGUGAGCCGGAUCGUCAAGUGCGCGCUCCAGAGCCCCUCGGAGCGCAUCCUGCGCGGCCUCGUGCCCAACAGCGAGCUCCUGGAGAACCUGCGGAGGGCGUUCUUGCAGAUGCUCGAGGACGGCCACUUCAACAUCCACUCCUUCUACGAGACCGGGCCGAUACUUGCCUAUGGUCUCAGCAGCCUUGUCGUCCCCUACGAAUCCUCGCUCGUCGGCCACGCGCGCAAAGAGAUCGCCGUCGGUCUGCCGGGGAACCACUCCAAGAUAUGCAAGUUCUCCGGCCCCGACGACCCCGCGUACAGGUCCGUCCUUGGCGCGCUGCAGGAUUAUGUCCAGGACGCGGUGCUUUCCUCUGGGUAG